GAGAAUUAUUUCCCUUUAGUCUUCAGUAGACAUCAUGGCGUUGCAGGCAUUUAGUGAUUUUCAGACUAAUAAUGUAACAGUUAGUGCUUCUCUUUCACCUGAUCUACUGUUGAAUUAAUCUUUUUUUUUUGUACAGAUCGAAUUCGUAUUUAUAGCUUGAUAAAAAGUAUUUUCUAAUCUGAACAUCAUGUCAUCCAUUCUUGAUCAGUAUGAGCAAGAAUCUUCCAGAGUUGCUGCUCCUCCACAAGAUGAUACUUUGUUGGUGUCUCACUAUACUGGUAGGACAACCAGUGAAACAGAACCUAUAUUUAGAAGAGUUAAAAAUGAAUACAAACCACAUGAUAGAAUUUUGUCUAUGACUGUUUGUAGUAGGUUCCUAGUGAUUGCUACUUGCAGCAAUGUUAUUAUUCGAGUGGAUAUGAUGCAUCCUCAUCAACAAGACGAAAUUGAACUGCCAAAAAUGAUAGAGGAUAGAAUUCACAAAAUAUUCCUCGACCCAACUGGCCGUCAUCUACUCAUCAGUAUGGAACAAUCAGCUGAGGUUUAUUACUUGUGUCGUAAUUCUAAAAAAACAAAGACAAUAAGUAAACUAAAGGGAAACCUAAUAAAUGCUGUUGGCUGGAACACCCAAAAUACAAAUGAUACCCUCACUGGUCCUAUAUUGUUGGGUACAACUAAAGGACUGAUCUAUGAAACUGAACUAACUCGAGGAGAUGACAGUCGGAUAUUUGGUCGAACAGUGGAUCGCUAUGUUUCCAAGUUGUUUACUGCUGGGAAAGAAAAGGUACAACCAAUCACUGGCAUAGAAUUUGAUCGAAUGCCAUCACGUACUACAGAUUGCAAGUACUAUGUUCUUGUUACAACUCCUAGUCGUCUUUAUCAAUUUAUUGGAACAGUUUCCACUUCAGCUGAAGCUCCUAUAUUCCAACAGUUAUUUCAAACUUACCUUGAUACCCCAGAAGAAUUCCUGGAACUCCCUUAUAAUUUCGGUACAAGUGAACUACGUAUAUUUAACAAUAGCUCAAAAUCACGAGGCAAAGCUUUUGCCCUGAUGGCAGGACCCGGAAUCUACUAUGGUGAUAUUAAUGUCCAAGGUGCUGCUGGCCCGAACUCUGUUACUUUCAACUCUAAACUUAUGCCUUACCCUGUUGAGAGCAACAAUAAAGUCGUACCUCUUUCCAUUGUUCUCACUGAAUUUCAUGUUCUUAUACUUUUUCCUGACAGAAUGAAAGCAGUGUGCCUUCUUAAUGAGCAACUGAUUUAUGAUGAUGUAUUUCCAGAGAGGGUUGGAAAAUUCAUUGGACUUUGUAAAGAUCCUGUGUCUGGAAAUAUUUGGGCAUACACUUCCCAACACAUCUAUAGUUAUAAGGUUAACCAGGAGUACAGGGAUGUCUGGCGGAUCUAUCUUGACCAAGGCAAAUUUGACCAAGCUAAAGAAUAUUGUCGAGACAAUAGGAUGCAAUUAGACGAAGUAAUGACUAAAGAAGCAGACCAUCUUUUUUCUUUAAAAAGAUAUAAAGAAAGUGCUGUCAUGUACGCUAACACAGAAAGUUCUUUUGAGGAAAUUGCAUUAAGGUUUAUUAACCUUGAAGAUAAAGAACCUCUAAAAGCUUUCCUUACACAGAAACUGAAUAGUCUUAGGGUCCAGGACCGUACCCAGAUGACAAUGCUUGUCACAUGGCUGACUGAAAUUUAUUUGAAUCAACUUGGAGAACUCAAGGAACAAAAUGAUGAGAAAGAUUCCCUGUACCCAGAUCUUCAAAAAGAGUUUUGCCAAUUUCUGAACCAAAGUAUUAUUAAAGAAUGUGUAUGUAACAACCGGCAAGUUAUUUAUGACCUGAUUGCUAGCCAUGGUGAUGUUGAAGACUUGAUGUAUUUUGCCAGGUUAAUGAAAGAUUUUGAGAGAGUAAUAAGUCAUUAUAUUCAACAUGAGUACUACAAAGUUGCCCUCGAGGUACUCAAUGAACAAAAUCAAAUGGAGCUCUUCUAUAAAUUUUCCCCAGUUCUUAUGCAGCAUAUCCCUGUUGAAACAGUCAAGUCUUGGAAGAAACAACGCAAUAAGCUUGAUCCUAAAAGAUUAAUUCCAUCACUAGUGCAAUACGACAGUAAAAAACACCAUGAGCAAGGAAAUCAAGCCAUACAAUACUUGAAGUUUUGUGUUGAAGAGCUGGAUGUAAGAGACCCUCCAAUACACAACUAUUUGUUAUCACUAUAUGCUAGGCUACAAGCUGGUCAACUCAUGGUUUAUCUAUCAAGUCAAGGGCAGGAGCCGGAACAUGUUUGCUAUGAUCUCAAAUAUGCUCUCAGACUUUGUUUAGAGCUGAAUCAUAAGGAAGCAUGUGUCCAUAUAUAUUCUGUGAUGGGAUUGUAUGAAGAAGCAGUGGAAUUAGCUCUUACUAUAAAUGUUGAUCUAGCUAAAGAGCAAGCAUCAAAACCAGACGAGGAAGAUAACGAACUACGAAAGAAGCUGUGGCUGAAAAUUGCCCGGCAUGUUGUAGAAGAAGAGAAAGAUGUGAAGAGAGCAAUGGAGUUUCUCCGAGAAUGUGAUUUACUGAAAAUAGAAGACAUUUUGCCAUUUUUUCACGAUUUUGUUAUUAUUGAUGACUUCAAGGAUGCUAUUAUAUCCUCUUUGGAGAAAUACAAUGAACAUAUUGAUUCCCUCAAAGAAGAAAUGGAUAGAGCAACCAAGAGUGCCGAAGAAAUUCGUAGAGAAAUUCAGAGUUUUCGCAACAAGUUUGUAUUCGUCAAAACACAAGACAAAUGUUUCUUCUGCGGUUUUCCUCUCAUGACACAGUCUUUCCAUGUGUUUCCUUGUGAGCAUAAAUUCCAUACAGAUUGUCUUAUUUCAGAAGUUGUGCCUAACCUUUCUGUAUCAAAGAAAAAGAAAAUUGAAGAAUUGCAAAAAAAAGUAAAAGAGCCACGAAUACAGAAUUUAUUAUUAACUAUUCAUGGAAACCAGUCAGAAACCAACAUUAAAACUGAACUUGAUGAAAUAAUUGGAGCAGAAUGUAUUUACUGUGGAGACAUGAUGAUCAAAUUAAUCGACAAGCCUUUUAUUGAAGCAGAUGAAAUGGACCAAGCAGCGAAUGGUUGGCUAUGAUGGAAAACUCUUGUUAUUCAAGACUUUGCUUAUAAGAAGUUACUGUCAAGAUAAUUCUGUCUAUUGUCAACUACAAAAGGAUUGUGAAUUUUUCCCUUAGCAUCAAAAAGCCUGGAAAUGAAAAGUUGCUUUAUUGCUUAUAUAUUUUACUAUCAGUCAGCCUUGUUGCCAGCAUUGUUUUAAAAAAAUAUAUCAACUUUAUCGUGUAAUAAAUUGGCUUUAUACCUA